GUUAAAACAAAGUGGUGUACAAUAUGUUCAUUAUUUACAUAGUAGUAAAAUUUGGAUAAGUUGAUUUUUGAGGACUCCACAAGGGAAUACCUUUAUGAUUUUCCUAUCGUUUCAAAGUUUAGGCACUAUUCCCCGAAAAUAUGUUGGCAUCACUAUGAUAUAUGCUAGCACGUUUUAUCAAACCUUCCCUCAAGGAUCGGUACUAUAGUUUUACAUCAAGGGAUAUAUUUAAUAUUUCCAGUGAAUACUUCCUUUGGAAGCUGGGUAAUAUAACAUUUUAAUGAUAAUCCUGCCAUUAUGGAGUAAAUUCGUAGGAAAGCCUGAAUAUUCACAGGAGAAACUGCCGCAGAAUUGUCGGUGACUACCUAAAUAGCUGUCAAUUUUAUCGAAUUAUGUAUGUACAGUUUGUUUGUACUAACGCUAGACUUUGAUUUAGCGGUUAACAUAAAUGAGGUGGAAGUGCGUUAUGAGUGACUUUGUGUUCGUUCUUCGGAGGUUGAUUUCUAUAUCGUAUUGUAUGCGGAAAGGGAUUACCGUUUAACAGAUGCCUAGGAAAAAAAGUAAAGGGAACAAAGUUCAGGCAAACCAGUCUGAUUUGCUGGAGUUAGCAAGUGUUAUCAGCCUUCAGAGUGAUGAGAGUGAGACGCCAACUGCUUCAUCUGUCGAUUCGGCUGACCUGUUACGUUUCUAUAUUUCUUCUGACGACGAUACCGGAGGACUAACUGGUGGUAGGAUCAACUCCAUUCACAGUAGUAACUGCCUUAACACACCUCCUACUACAAACCACGUAAUUAAUCGCAGCACUACUCCUUAUGGAGUCAACCAAAGCUACGACAGUCGAGUGGCGGGACAAGCUAUUUGUUGAAGUUUACCGAAGAUCAGGAACCUAUACCUCACGAUCAAGAGGCGAGCGCAAGGAAAUCAAAUUGGUUUAUGCUAGCUCGUAAAAACGAUAUUGGAUAUUAGAUAGUGUAUUAGUGUAAUUCAGUGACCCGUCUGAAAAAUGUCAUUAAAUUGACUAUGCUUCCGCCUUACGUGUAUUAUACCAUUUAUUAGUCAGAGGGGAUUAACUAUUAGUGCCGGUUAGCGUCUGACUGGUUUCUUCAGUUACCAUAAGCUCAGAUCCUCCACCUGAAUCUAAAAGUGGUUGUUUUUAAUUGACUCUAGUGGUCCCAUUUGUGUGAAAAAGUUUCAAACUUGCACAUGUGGGUUUCGUCUAUGUAGAAAUUCCUACCUAAGGCUAGACAAAUGCAUGUAUUCAGACUUCCAGUCAGAUGUCUCUAACUUAUUGUGAACAUGUGUCCCUGGCUGUUACCACACAGAUAUUGGGUACAGUGCCUCAGGAACAAUUCAUUGUGAGUUAUAUGUAUUUGUAAACAUUUGUAAUAGUCCAUCCAAAUAUAAGACGUAUCUCGAGUGUUUAGCCAUUGAGUCAUUAGAAUCUUGGAGUUUAACUUUGCUAGGUGAACAGUCUUUGACUUGAAUAAGUAUACACUUUUUGGCGCUGGGCAAAAACAUAGUUCGUAGCAAAGAUGCUGUCGGAGAUAAUCGUAGUGCCAGUUUCUAGCCAUAGUAUUAGUAGUGUAGCCUGUUUUAUCGAUCCUCUUACGUUACCAUGGAUUCGUUGUUAGUCUUUUCUAAACGAGGCUGAGGCUGCAGUAUGCUCUACUCUCAAGGGCUCGAUGUGCUAAGUUGCUUCACUCUUAGUGCACGAAGUCAUAAUGGUGUCGUGGACUCCGAUCAUCAGUAGGGCAACUGUGUAAUCAGCAUAAAAAUGGUUUAAUAUUGAGGUCUGAAUGACUUGUCUGAAAUGUAGCUGAAAAAUAAACAUUUCAGACUUAUCCAACUGGAUUUCGGGAGUCUAUUACAAGACUUGUAUUCAUCUCUCAUCUGUAUCAUGCUGGAUGUGUUCUUAGGUAGUGGUAAUAAUUGUGUUGAUGGAAUUACUUACUUGAAUUUUACCGAUGAAACCACGUAAUAUGUCUGGUUUAUCUGCUCUCCUUUUCAGGCUGAAGAUGAGUUGGCGUUACAGUCAGUUCUCGAUAAAGUUUGCUCAGCAAUUGAUUCAAUGGAGGAAAAAAGAACAGAAACUCGAGUUCAAGCUGUGCAAUUACUGAUUGACUCUUUUCGUUUGCAUCAUUUAUGCUUGGAUGGGUCUUGGAACUAUACAGAAACUUUGGUCACCAGUAUCGAAAACAACUUCAGGAAGGGGAAACCUCUGGAUCAGUUAUUAGCUGUUGAUUUAUUGACUAUAUUUGCACUACAAAUUGAUCCACAAGAAAUUCCUAUAUGGUUCGAAAGGUUUUACCCUCUCUUAGAGCCUAUUGUGCGUGAUAAUGCAAGGGGGCUAAAACUUAGAGCGUCUUCGUCUGUGUGCCUCUCAGUGCUUCAGUCCUUGUCAGGUUAUUGCGAUUUCAUUUCACCACUGGAAGUCAUGAAGAUUUUUGAAUUUGUCUUCAAAAGUUCAACAUCAAAAAUAGAUACCGUGGACGAAUUAUCUGAUCUUUAUGUGGCAGCAUUAAGGGCCUGGACUCUAGUGUAUACAUUUUUGUCAGCAUACGAUGCAGGGGUGAUGGGCAAGGCUGUACUUCCUACUCUGCUGUCUUUGCUUAAAUGCUCAAAUGUGGAUGUUCGGAUAAUGGCCGGUGAGUCUUCUGCUGUCAUAUAUGAGCGCAUUCGCACUGAGGUGGAUGAUAAAUUCAAAGGUCCAUAUUAUAGCGAACUUAUUCAUUUGCUGGGUGAGCUGGCUACAGAUAGUUCGAAAAACCGAUCUAAAAGUGAUCUCAAGAAACAACGCCAUUCCUUUCGAGAACUCAUGGAAGCUGUUGUGCACUGUGAGUAUCCUGAGAAGUCCAUAGAUUUCGGCGAAGAAGUUUUAACUUUAUCAUCUUGUGUUGUUCAUUUUCAUUAUGACUUUUUAUGCUCUGUAUUAGGAAGUGGGUUAAGAUGUCACCUUCGCGAAAAUCCACAUGUUCGUGACCUGUUUGAUCUAGGGCAACCAGUAAUGAGUCAUCAGAAUGCUGCAAACCGUAAGACUUUGAAGGAACAGAAAAAGUUGAACAAUAUGUUGGCAUCAAAAACUCGCACACAAAAAAUGAGUGUGUUUAGAGACAAACGACGCGAAAUGCUCAAUGAAAUCGAGUAAAACGUUACGUGCGCCACUUUAUCCUGUCUGUUUUCAGAUAACACAUAUAUGUCUAAACUAUUGUACUUGUAUGUCUAUUCGUUCAUUCGACUAAAUGUUUUAGUUUCGUCUUGCUAAAAUACUGCACAUGUAUUUUAUUUUUAAUAUAUAUAUAGCAAUUAUUUUGCAUGAAAGACACUUUUUGCUAUUCUUAACAUAGUUCAAUUAGGAUUCAUAAUAAUCAGUGUUAUGCACCAGAAAAUAUGCAUUGUUCACCGGUAAUCUUUGGGUAAUACUUGCUCUUAGCUGUACUUGAUUCUCAUUUCGAAAGUAAUACGAUUUCAAAGGUAGUGUAUUUAGGUUUAUUCUCAGUGCAUCGACGUGAUUUCUACUGUCAAAAUUUUACCACCAUAUUUCUUCCGUCCAUAAUAGCAAAGUAUGUGUACGAGUUUGGUUACAUUCUUGCUCUUACUUUAUGGUUUAUGCAAAACUUAGUAAUUCAUCUCUUUCUAAGGUCGGAGGCAAGUCUCAACAUGAUAAUUACGAAUAACCGGCUUCACUAAUAUGGUAUCUAGAAUUUUAGAUCCAAAGUCCUGCGAAGACUAUGUGGGAUGGGGAAUAAUUAAGCUUGGGGAUCCGACUGACUUAAUUACUGGAUUAAAAAGGUACAUUGUCUGAGGUUUUGUCCUCCUAGGGGUUCCGGAAUAGGGCCACAUACCAGCAUCUGGCACCUGAUCUAUCUCUUUGUUUGAAUACGGCGUUUGACUCUAUCGAUCAAAACGUGUUAUGAACUAAUGAACGUUCGUAUAAGGUGCCGCUUAAUUUCGACCUUGAAAAUUGUCUAUUCGAUUAUUAGUUCCCUCAAAUUACGUGUAAACAUUUCUGCGGGAUGAUUUUUUUCACAACUGGAAACAUUUUUUAGUGCAGUUUCAACAGGU